GGACGUCGGGCCCAGCAAAGAGCUGAAGCUGAAGCUCCAGUCGGUGGUGGACGCCAUAGAGUGGACGCGGGACGCAUUGCAGAACACAGAGGAGGGUGGUGCCCUCUGGGAUGGUGGAGUUGCCGCCUGGGGCUGUCAGCUGGAGAGGCUGCUGAGGACUGACGCUGAGGCCCGUGUGCCCACCUGGGACCCUGGGAACGAGCUGGACCUAUACCUGAAGGAGCUGGACAAGGCUGUGGGACAGGGGCUGGGGCCCCAGGGGGCGGGCCAGUUGGGGCCCCACCUCGGGUGUGUCUACAAGAUGUGCUUCCAGGAGGUCCUCCUCAGCCGCCUCUCCGAGGUCUUGUCGUCUUGUCACCAUUGGGAGAGCUGUGACAUGCUGGACACCUGGGGCCAGACCGCCUUGUUCGGGCAGCAGGGCUCCUUCAGAUGCAGCAGCGAGACGCUUCUGGGCGCACCUGUUCCCUCCCAAGAACCUGAGGCAGACUGCCUCCUGAACCAGCUGGUGUUUGUCACCUGGAUGUCCCAAGUGCAAAAGACACUGGUAGAGCUGGUCCAGGAAGUGUUGACGGAGUGUCUAGAAAAAGUCCUGAUCUGCGGGUGGAGAAAUCUGGCCACGUCUCUCUACCACACGUUCCUUGACUUCUUCCAGUUGUUGGAAGAAACCAUAAAUUCGGUCCAACAUGUUGGGCCGCCUGUCACCGGCUGGGUUCAAGCCAUGGUUCUGGAAAGGCUUUUAAAAUUUCUGCAAAGGUGCCAGGCCGAGGCCGCUCGCUUCCUCCAGAAUGUGGGUGCUGAGACUUUCCCCGAGCUGCUCGUGCUGGGAAACUGCUGCAUCUCAGGUGCCCCCCGUGUGUCCCUGGCUGUGCCAGGGGCUUCAGACCCUGGGGGCCGAUCCAUGUGGACGGGAGACUCGUUGCCAUCUAUGAAAAAGGGGGAAGGACACUGGCCCCUUCCAGAGGAAAACAUGGCAGGAGCUGAGCCAGGAGUACAUCGCAUCGGCCAGCUUGGAUCCAGCUGUGCAAGACACCAUCGAUGUCAUCGAGGGCCUCAGCCGGUGCCACCUUCUGUCCGGAGUGAGAGCAUUGUGCCAGAGUCUGCUGAGGGAUCACUUCGGAAAGAAGGACAAGAACCUGGUCCAAGCUUUGUGGUCCCUGAAGCAGAGCCUGGAGGACUGUGGCCGCCGGAGCUCCGCUCCCAUGUCUGAGAGCCUUGUGGAAAGUGUGGACAUGGCGGUCUUUGGGGAGUACGUCCAGGCCCUGGUCUCCCAUCUCCAGAAGCAGAAGCCCAGGAAGUGGGGGACCCUCCGGGAUCAGGUGGACAAAGACACCUCGAGUCUGUACAGCGUCUUCAGGGAGCAUGGGGGGCCUGGCUUGGCCGAAGUGCGGGGGCCCAUCAUGGAGCCCUUCCUCCCUGGCGAGGACGGGGGAAGUCGGGUGUUGGACUGCUGGCUGGCUUCCUUCAGUGACAGGUUCCCUGGUUUUCUGAGACCCGGGGCUCACAGAAGCUCUCCUCCUGCUCCCAAGCAGACGGGACGGAUCACGCAGCUUCAAGGAGUUGAAGGUGGAGGUUAAGGUAAAGAGACAGCUCUGCUGCUGCUUCUGCUGAUCCCCCCGGCUCUGGACACGGUGACCAAGCGCUCGAGGUCCCGCGUGCUCCUCCAGGGAAGGCAACAGGACAGCGUCCAACCCUGGGCGGGGACACUGGGGAGGCCCUUUGGGGGAUGUAGCGUGGGUCCAGUUGCCUUAAGGGGACACUAUCACUGGCCUGGGGGCAGGACUUGUAAUCUAGGCCAGCAAUUCUCAAAUGUUUUGGUCUAGGAUCCUUUUACUCUUAAUUAUUGAACUAAAGAACUGUAUGUAGCUUAGAUGUUCUAUCUAUUGAUGGUUACUGUAUUAGAAAUUAAAUCUGAGAUGUUCGUUUAUUUACAAUAUUUAGUCGUCGAAAUCAAAGUAAUU